GAGGCCUGGGGAAGCCUCUCCCACACGGCAGCCUGGGGUGCCGGCGCUUGCUCGCCAGCUGUUCCUAGGCCCGGGGCGAGGAACUGCGAAGGGAGAAGGGGUGCGACCGGUCACCGCUCGGGCAGGUCCGGCCUGUCGUCCUCUCCGAGUCUACUGCUGCUCCCGUCGGGCGAGCAGCCUGCCUAGCAGCUUCCGGCGGCUGCCCGCGCUCUUGACUGACAGGCGCCGUCCCCACAGCCCGCGCCCCCAGCCACGUCCCCGUUCUCGGCCGGCGUACGGCGUGGCUGCCCCCGACCUCUGAGCCCUGAGCGAUGUGGGCUCCCGACUUCGGCCCCGCGCGGCUUACUCAGCGUAGGCGUCCCGGGCCGCUGUCGUCCUCGGUUUCGCCACUGUGGCCGCUGCUGCUCUUGCUGCUGGCGGCCGUGGCGCCGGUGCGCGCCUGGGAGAGCGGAGACCUGGAGUUGUUCGACUUGGUGGAGGAGGUGCAGCUCAACUUCUACGAGUUCCUCGGGGUGCAGCAGGAUGCUUCAUCUGCAGACAUCAGAAAAGCAUAUCGUAAGCUUUCACUAACCUUACAUCCAGACAAGAAUAAAGAUGAAAAUGCAGAAACUCAGUUUAGACAAUUGGUGGCCAUUUAUGAAGUUUUAAAGGAUGAUGAAAGAAGGCAGAGGUACGAUGAUAUUCUGAUCAAUGGACUUCCAGAUUGGCGACAGCCAGUAUUCUACUACAGACGAGUAAGAAAAAUGAGCAAUGCUGAGCUGGCAUUACUCUUGUUCAUUAUUCUCACAGUGGGUCAUUAUGCUGUGGUGUGGUCAAUCUACCUGGAAAAACAACUGGAUGAGCUGCUUGGUAGAAAAAAGAGAGAAAAGAAGAAGAAGACAGGAAGCAAGAGUAUGGAUGCAGCGAAACUUGGUGCUUCUGAAAAGAAUGAAAGAUUGCUAGUUAAACCACAAUGGCAUGAUUUGCUUCCAUGCAAACUGGGAAUUUGGUUUUGCCUUACACUAAAAGCAUUGCCUCAUCUAAUUCAGGAUGCUGGCCAGUUUUAUGCAAAAUACAAGGAGACAAAAUUGAAGGAAAAAGAAGAUGCAUUGGCUAGAAUUCACAUUGAAACACUUCAGAAACAGAAGAAAGUUAAAGUUAAAAAACUGAAACCAGAAUUUCCUGUAUAUAUGCCUUUAGAAAAUGCAUAUAUUCAGUCUUACGAUCAUGGAACUUCUAUUGAAGAAAUAGAGGAGCAAAUGGAUGAUUGGCUGGAAAACAGGAGUAGAACACAGAAAAAGCAGGCACCUGAAUGGACAGAAGAGGACCUAAACCAACUGACAAGAAGUAUGGUUAAGUUCCCAGGAGGGACCCCGGGUCGAUGGGAAAAAAUUGCCCACGAAUUGGGUCGAUCUGUGACAGAUGUGACAACCAAAGCCAAGGAACUGAAGGACUCAAUCACCUGUUCCCCAGGAAUGGUCAGGCUCUCUGAACUGAAGUCGAAUGUGCAGAAUUCCAGGCCCAUCAAGAUAGCCACAGCCUUGCCAGAUGAUAUCAUCACCCAGCGGGAGGACUCGGCAGGGACCAUGGAGGAUGAGGGACCAGAGACUGCAGAGGGUGAGCAGGAGAUAAUGGCCACAGAAGUCCGGCCUCGGAGGCGGAAGUCAGCCAGAAUGGCUGAGGUAGUCACCAGAGUGGAGCCAGAGGAGAAGAUGAGAGGAAAGAGGCAAAAAGACUUUGAUAUAUCAGAACAAAACGAAUCCAGUGACGAAGAGAACCAGAGAAGAGAAAGAACCCGUGCUACAGAGGAGACAUGGACUCAGAGUCAGCAGAAACUUCUGGAACUGGCCUUACAGCAAUACCCAAAAGGAGCCUCUGACCGCUGGGACAAAAUAGCCAAAUGUGUGCCAUCUAAGAGUAAGGAAGACUGUAUUGCUAGAUAUAAGCUGCUGGUUGAACUGGUCCAAAAGAAAAAACAAGCUAAAAGCUGAAGCUUCUGGAAGAUGAUUUUUCGCCAUCAUUUUCCAAAUGAGUACUUCAGAAAUCUCAUGCAGAAAUUUGCAUUUUGUACCUCAGUAUUUCUAAACGUCAUGUGCCUUAGUUUAAAAAAAAAUCAAUCAGUUCUGUGUGGUGCUGUUUACAGCUUUGUGUCUCGGGGAAGGGUAGGUCAUUCUGCAGGUUUAACUUGCUCUCACUGCAGAGUUUACUUUGCUGGAAGAUUUCAAAUAAUGUUCUAGCUCUCCUUCUGCCGUUUCUCUGAGGGGCAGGGCUCUCUCUCUCUCUCUCUCUCUCUCUCUCUCUCUCUCUCUCUCUCUCCUUCUCUUUCUCUCUCCCCUUUCCCCAACAAACUUCCUUCCCAUGUUAAAAAAAAAAAAUAGUGUUCUAGUGCCAAGCAGACAGGGAGCCUGUGAAUGAACUAACAUGGAGGAAUUCCAGACUAAUACGUUCUCUUAAUAAUGUAGCUGAAGCAGCUGCUUGAGGUGCCAUACACCAGCACUCAGAAGGCAGAGGCAGGAGGACCCCUGUGAAUUUUAGGCCACCUUUGUCUACAUAGUAAGUUCCAGGACAGCCAGAGCUACACAGUGAGACCCUGUCUUAAAAAGCAAAAUUAAUUCACUGCUAGGACUGAGCAGUGAGACCAGGUAACUUAGAGAUUUAUACCAGGCUAACCUCAAGCUGGCUGGCAGACAGCAGCGAGAGGCCAUCUUAACUGGCUCAGAAAAACGUCUGAGUUAACAAGAGCAUGUGCUAAUAUAGUCUGCAGAGUUAUUCCUAGAGCGCUUGCACAAGGUUUCGGGAGCCAAGAAGAGGGUCCCGUUUCUCAGUGGAUAGGUUGUGCUCUGCUGUCCUGUUGACUCUUGAGCCCUCUCGCUCGUGGAUCUGUCACAUCUGCUGAGCAUGCUGGAACGUGCAGCAGCCUAACCUGGAAAGCAGUGAGGGACCCACAACACAUUUGAGGGAAGUGAUUUGAUGUCUGUAAAGAUGUCCUUUUCUCUAAGGAUUGAGAUAUGGUGGCAGAGGUCACCUCUGCCCUGAAAGUGUGCACAUUGAGGACAUGGAACUAGGUAGACCCUUCCCUGAGCUCAGACAACAAGGGAAGCCUCCAGGCUCUAACCUGUGUGAAGCGCAUCUCAGACUCAGCUGCAGAAGAGCAAGUGAAAGAGCAACUGAGCAGCUUGUGUCCUGGAGCAAUUUCGUCCCCUCGCUCUGUGGAAAAGGGACCAUGGAGACAUGGAGAAGACACUUCUACCUGACAGAGGUGGCUUAAACAAGACAGUGAGAACCCAGGAGGGCUAGCCAGAUGUGGGCCUGCAACUUUCUCCCAGCACUUCUGCCCUGGAGCUGAUGGCCUAUGAAGUGGCCACUGUACAUUCCAAGCUGACUCCAUCCCACCCAUCCAAGGCAGACAGCAUGCGGUAGAAACACAGUAGAUUGUCCUGGAUGAGGGCCAGCGUCAGGCCUGCCUCCCAUGCAGCUUGUGACAUCUGUGAGCACCCUUUACAGUCACAGUGCUUUGAACUGUGUCUCUGUCAUGCCUAGUACACAUUCCUGGGUUUCUGUAUCCAAAUUUAUCUCCUAGCAGGACAUAGUGAUAUACACCUGUAACUCUAACACCCAGGAGGGACUGCAAGUCUGAGCUUAGCCUGAUCUAUACAGUCAGUUCUAGGCCAGCCAGGGCUACAUAGUAAGACCCUUCUCAGAAGCACUUUGUAAAACACAACUGGUAUUUACUUCCUUCACACUCCUUAAGAACACGAGGCCCCAGCAAGGCCUUCCUAGAAAGAGCUGGUCCAUAGCAGGAGGGACGUCCCAAAGGGACACACCUGAAGACCAGCCCAGCCAGUUACACCAUCUGUGGCCCUUUUUUAGCCCCACAUAGCAAACCCUGGGAUCUGCAGGGCCCAGGAGUGUCUUGUGCUCAGCAGGACAGGACGUUCUUGCGCUUCUGUCAACUCCCAGUGCCCUCUUGAUGUGCAGUCUCCAGGUAGACCCGCUCCUCAGCUUUCUACUCCCUGACCUGGGUGUGUGAGCCAGCAAGUCUUCUCCCAUCUCCCCACCUACCUUGUGUUGUUUGUUUGUUAGGCUAGGGAGAAGUUGGUUGUGGCCACUACCGUGUGGAAUCUUUUUACCCUUAUUAGAUGACAGAGACCUGCCUAAUGUCCCCAUGAGAGGAACUUUCCAGCCUCAUCCGCAGACCCCAUUCUUGAACCUUUUACAGCUGCUCACCAGGGUGAUCUAGUCCUGCCUCAUGGAUAUGGAAUUUCUUUGAGACAUUGCCUCUAGAUUUUAAGACAUUCUUGUGUUUUCAACAAUGAGUGGAUCAAUCUCACACUUGACAACAGUCAGGCCCUUCUGAGAGUAGUUGCUAGGCUGCAGCUAUGCUUUGCCUGACACCCUGUGAGACCCGUCCACACCAUCAUAUACACGCUGGGGGGGGGUCUGUUCUCUGUGACCCCCCCCACAUCAUCAUAUACAGCUGGAGUCUGUUCCCUGUGACCGCCCACGCCAUCAUAUACAGCUGGGGUCUGUUACCUGUGACCCCCCCACACCAUCAUAUACAGCUGAGGUCUGUUCCCUGUGACCCCCCCACACCAUCAUAUACAGCUGGGGUCUGUUACCUGUGACCCCCCCCACACACCAUCAUACACGCGCUGGGGUCUGUUCCCUGUGUGCUACACCUGGCAGUAGGUGAGAGACACCUCCUAAGCUGGGGCACUUUCAGUUCUAAUGCAGCUGGAAAACAGAAUUGUGCAUAGUACUUCUGUUAGCUGGGAAUGACAGAAGGCUUCAACUUGGCACUUGACUUCUUGAGAGCCAUGUACCUAUCUACCGUCUUUGCGUGGCCACCCAGACUCUCUCAGUUUUACCAGUGUUGGUGAAGCUGACAGGCCAGGAUAGGCUCCCUCCAACUGACAUCCCUGUCUGGUGGUCCUUGAUCUAUGGGUGGACUCCUGGAUCAACCCAAUCUUCAGAGGCCAGUCUUCCUGGUGCCCCAGGAUUUCUAGCCCAUGUGCUGUAUUCAUUUUGAGGCCAGUGUGCAGGAGGGCCUGAGGCUGAACCUCAGAGGGGCCAAGACCCAGCUGCCCUCAGCUAGCCUACGACCGGGACAAGUUGCUUUAGCAUCUGUUGGGGACUAUUUCCUGUUUACAAAAUAUGGGUGCUAAUAUCCGAUGAGACCACACCAAACCUUGCCCACCUCACUAGCUCUUCUCUUUGGCACUAAAUGUGGUCAGCCUGGUUUCCAACACUGCUUCCUCGAAUGUGGUUCAAAUGAGGGUAGAUUUUGAGUCAAAAGAAUCAUGUCUGAAUCCAAAUCUAGACCAGUGAGAAAAGGAGUAAGGGCCAGAGGGUGUUCCCGCUUACAUCCUACACCCAUCGAGAGCCACGGCUUCGGAGCUGCCUCUUUCAGAAACUCCGAGAACCAAAGACACCUGGACUGAGUGUGCCCUGAUAAGUUCUGGGCCUAGCUGAGGUCCACCCUGGGAGGGACGCCACCUGGGUCAGGCUCCUCUGCCUGGCUGCAUCUCUUGUGUGGGUGCAUCUCCACUCAGCAGAGUGGCUGUGGAAGCUGCUGUGCGGUCUCAUGUUCUGCAGUGACAUCACCCGAUCAAGGCUAGGUUCUAGUUACAACACAUUUCAGUUACUUCAUCCUUAAGUUGUAAAACCUCUUACCCUGAUUAAUGGUCCUAAAACGGGGCCAACUUCCAAAUAUGUGUUUCUGCUCUGAUUUCCCAUUAUAAGCUCACUCGGAGUUGGCAUCCAUGAGGCAGAUGCUAUUAGAAAUCGGGUCAGCUUCAAUGGUAACCCCAUAGGCCAAAUCUGCCAGAGUCCACUCAGGUUUCAUGAAUCCUUCGCAGCCCUCCCAGGCAGCUUCCAAAGACUGGAGGCCCUGGAAGUUCUUUGUGGGAUGUGAAAUUGAAGGAUCCCAGCACUGGCCUGGACUGUUUCUGUGAGGACCUGUUCUUCUCAGAAAUAACAAGAAGCCAUGAGUGUUUUCUAUAGCUAAGGCUAACCCUGCUGUCAGCUGUAACCUGGUCACCUGGACCUAGUUCACAGAUAGCUGUGGGGUUGUUCCAUGAAAAAACACUAGGGAGGGUUUCCACAGACUCUGGAAAAGAAAAUAGCUUCAUGUUGAAUGGAGGAAGGGGCGUGCUAGCAAUGUUCUGAAAUAUGCACAGAAGAGCUGGUUCCGACCCUUGGCCUGCUCCCCCAGGGACAGGCCCAGGAGGAAGCAGGCAGCCUACAUCCUCCUGCCCUGCCUGAGAUGGUGUACUGCCUAGUGGUCAAGAUCUAGUACCUGGAUUGGUCCUGAAAUGAACAAGUCAAAGUAGGAGGGUAAGAGUGUCCUCAUUGAGCAGCCUAUCGGUUACCACGUGGGCUACUCAGUGCAGUGAAGCCCACCAUGUCAAAGAAAUCCUGCCUUUAAAGCCACAACAAAAAGCACGUCUGUAAUCCCAGAACUUGGGAGAUGGGAGCGUACAGAUUGAUUUCAAGGUCAUACUUGGCAAGGGGCGGGGAGGGGGAGAGAGAGAAGAGAAGAAAGAAGAAAGGAGAGAGGAAGGAAGAAGGAAGGAAGGAAGGAAGGAGAGAGAGAGAGAAAAAGAGACGAUGUUGCAGAUGGCGGCAGCAGCAGGGGACGGAAGGUGCUGGGGAAAUGUCCGGCCCUAAACCUCAGCAGCAAGGAACACGUUCACAAAAGGGCAGAACAUUGAAGAGCACUAUUUUCUAAAAAACAGCUAAGUCACUGGUUUGUAGCCCCAGACCAUGUAGCCUCCCUUGAAAAACUCAGGGAAGGUGUCAUGGGCCUAUACACACUGAAACCUGGCCAGCAGAGACUUCUAGACUGCAGGAAAGAAACUGUAUCAGAGGCUCCCCUACAGUGAAGUGGAAAUAGGCUGCAGACAGUCUACAGGGGAUGAACCACACAUCAGCAAGGAAAACUGAGGGCUGGAGCCAGCAUUUGCAGUCACACUCCUGAUGGACAAGAACUGGGAUGGUCAUUUUUAACCUGGCCUGUGUACCUGGGUGAGGUGUCAAUGUAGUUGAAAUAAGAAUGUCCCCAUAAGCUGAUAUAUUUGAAUGCUUGAUUCCCCAUUGGUGGAACUGUUUGGGAAGGAUGCAGUGAGGAAGAAUAGCCUUGGGGCAGGCAGGCUUAGAAGUUUCAAAAGCCCAGGCUAUUUCCAAUGUUUUUCUCUCUACCUCCUAUUUGUGGGUCCAGAUGUAAGCUCCGAGCUAGUGCUCCAGCACCAUGCCUGUCUGCCUGUUGCCAUGCUCCCCAUUGUGAUGGUCUUGGACUCUAGUCCUCUGAAGCUGUAAACCCCCAAUAAAUUCUUUCUUCUCUAA